CACUCGAAUAAUAUAACUGGAUCUUCAAAAGGAUCAUAAACUGUUGAUCAACUCUCAAUCGAUCGUGAUCCAAUCAAUGUCAACAUGGUGGGGUGAUCUAUUUGAGGAAACACGGCGACGCGAACAUCGUGCAACAAGAAUCAGUCAGUGAGGUGAGUCGUGGCGAAAGGUGAAACAUCAUUAUAACAGGAGAUAGAGAGAGAACGAGUGUCUGAUCGACGAGGCUGCAGUCUCGGAAUAUUUCGUAUCUUUACUGUGCAUUCAAGUUUAAUCUUUGAAAAUCCCAUCACUCGAGACACAAAAUUGCAGACGAACACAAGAUUUUGUUAAAGCUUGAACAGGAUGGCGGCGGAUGAUCCCCUUUGCCGGGAACCAUUGGUAUCCGUCGAAUUCGAGGUUUUUGGAAAAGUGCAGGGUGUAUAUUUUCCGAAGUACGUGAGAGAUAUAUGUAUGCAAUUGGGAAUUUGCGGUUGGGUGAAAAACAGUAAAACUGGCACGAUCCUUGGGAAGAUGCAAGGACUUCGGGCGCUCGUCGAUCAGAUGGCACAGUGGUUAACAUCAGUGGGUAGUCCGGGUAGCGAAAUACAUCAUUGCGAAUUUACAAAUUGGGAAACCAUCACAAAGCAACAAUAUCAAGGUUUCGUAAUUCGUUUUUAAGAAUAUAACACAUAAUCGAUGUAAAUCUGUUUAAUACUUAAAGAGUGUACUUGAAUGCAAGCAAUUGAAUUGCACGUGGUAAACAGAAUAUACUUAAAAUCCCACUGACAUUGAGAACAAUUGUACGACGAUUUCAUUAAGCAUUCUUCAAAUAUAUUAUUUUAAUAAAUUAUUAG